GGCGGGGCGGGGCAGAGCGGUCUCGGUCCGUGCGAGGCGCGGGCCGGCGGGAGCAGCGGCGGCCCCGAGGCGGGAGGAUGCGGGCGGUGCCCGGGGUGCAGCCGGAUCGGCCCUUCAAGCUCAGGAAGAGUCUCGCCACCCGGCGGGAAGAAGUAGCAGGGAUCCGAGCCAAGUUCCCGACAAAAAUCCCGGUAAUUGUUGAGAGAUACCAUAAAGAGAAAUACCUUCCCGUCUUGGACAAAACCAAGUUUCUGGUUCCCGAGGAGCUGACCAUGGCACAGUUCAUAACCAUUAUCAGAAGCAGGAUGGCUCUGACAGCUACACAAGCUUUCUAUCUGCUGGUGAACAACAAAAGCCUAGCCAGUAUGUCCUUGACAAUGGCAGAAGUGUACAGGGACUACAAAGAUGAAGAUGGCUUUGUGUAUAUGACCUAUGCUUCCCAGGAGAUGUUUGGAUGCUUAUUACCUGCUGCCCAAGGGAAAACUAUGGAAUGCUUUCAGAAAAUCUAAGAUUGGGUUCAUUGCUGCAGCAAAGCAGUUUGCUCUGAAUCAUGCCUGUGACACGAACCUCAGAGAUGCUCCUUCCACUCUACAGAGCUCUUGAGCUCUGUAGUGGGAGUUAUGACCUAAAAGCUGGCAGGACCAGCUUAAGACAGAAAUGGUGGUACACUUUCCCUAGGUAAUAAUUUGGAUAUAUUUUUUUAUAUUUGAAGACACAAUGGGUUAGGUUUUUUUGUCUUUUGAACUGCACCUCCACUGCUUUGCAAUAUCAGUCUUUGUUGUGAAACAGAUUUUUAAGGUUUCCUGAAAGCCGAAGUCUAAGAGAAAAAUAAAGAACCUUUUAAGUAUUGAGUUGAAUGUUACUUUUAAUCUUGGGAAAGACUGUAAAAAAUUGUAUAGGGGAAGAUCCUAUAAUAAUUCUGGGAAUUUGAGCACAAUGCCUUUUAAAUGAAACACUGCUUGCAAAGCUACUCUGAAUUUUUGAAUGAAAUAUCAAAGUUUAAGUUGUGUCACCCAUGAACAGAACCAUAGCUAUGAAAGGUUCAUUAAGGUAGGUAUCUGGGCUGUGAGAUUAAGUAGUUGUGGCAGAGCCAUGGUAAGUUUA